AUGUCCCAGGGCAAGCAACCCGACAAGCGAGCAGGCAACGUGGCACGUGAUGCGCCGUCGCGCGCGCCGCGCAACGAGGCGGUGUGGCUCUGCCAACUCGCGCCUUGCACCUCGGCAGCCCCGCACGGGACUUCCGGUGGCGUUGGAGCUCCAGGAGCAGCCAUGAAGGCGUUCCACCCGCCCACGGCCGUAUCGGCGCCACCCAUGCUCACUAACCACCUGCACACCCUCGCGCGCCGUGAUAGCCGGUUUGGAAGCGGCAACCUGACCGCCAAGCAAGGCGGCAUCAUCGCGGCGAUCCUCGUGCCCCUCUUCAUCGUCGUAGUCGUCCUCCGAGUACUCUACGAGAAGAACAAGCGCCGCGUCCCGCCCGGGGAGGACGAGGUGCGGAGCACGCCCUUCACGCGCGGCGAGGCGCCCGCUUCGGCGUGGUUUGCGCGCCGUGACGCCGAAGCCCAGAGCCCGCCGGUCCCGCCCCCGCCAUACGUUACGUCUCUGGUCGCACAGCCGCUCAGCAUGCCCUCGCCGCCUGCGGCGGCACAUCUGCCGCCUAGCCCCGUGACGAGUCUGCCGCCAUACCGGCCUUCAGCGAAAUAG